CACACUCGCUCUUCCGUUACUUCCAUCUCCCCCUCGAGCAACCACUUCUGACACCUACGACUGCCAACUCCCUAGUCUCCACGUUUGCAAGUCCUGUCUCUUGCUCAAUGUCUAUGAAAAGGAAGUUUGUUGAGGACUUUGGCGACGCUGCUCAAACUGCUCGACCAAAACAGUUGAAGCUCAUUCCGUUUCCCAACUACGAGCCUGACACGGAUGUUUGCAUGUCUGACGUUCAGCCUGUGUUCUCCACACCUCACCAUACACGUUUGCCCUCUAAUGUCAGCUCUGUAUCCACCAACUCGAAUCCUUCGUCGCCUGCAUAUCCGGCUUUCGACCUGUAUCCGCUUCCGUUCUUUGGCGCUGAUGGCAAUGUCGAUCCCAACUCUCACAGUUAUGCUCACUAUGCUCAACAACCGCCUUCUCCGCCAGUUGGUCUCUUGCAACCUUCCAGCUCGUUUUCCCACCACGGUACUGGAUGCUCUCAAAUACCGAAACUCAAGGUAGCUUGUGCGUCAGGAAUCAACGGCCAGCGCACUAUGUGGAGCUUCUGCGAACAAUGCGGCUCUAUAUCAAUGGUCGACGAUGGCUCAAGUUCUUAAUCCCUCAUCAUUUCCCUCUGACCCCUCGACCUCUCCGACCGUCCCUCUUUCUUUCCAUCUGCGUUAUCCCAAAAUGCCGACACCUUGCGACACCCUUCUCUCUCUCUUUCCCCCAUUCCUUCGGUACCUUUCCCAAAUCCCCGCCCUGGUCGCAUGUCACUCAUCUCUGUCUCCUCCUGCUUUCGAUACUUAGCUUGCUGUGUUUGUCCUGUAACAUAUUGAAUUAAUAAGGCCAUGGCCAAAUUGUCCCACAC